CUUUUCCUGCUUUUUCACUCACUCCAUACAUCCAUCACUCGAUUUCAUCCACGAUCUCAAUUGUAAUCUGCUAUUUUCUUCAAGCGUUGCGGCUGUUUUUCUUUGUUCCUUGUCAGCAUCGCAUCACUCUCGCUAUACGCAAAUCACGUCUUUCGCUGAAGGUGGCCUUUGUUCAGCAAUUUCCCGAACCCUCAGGCCAUCCUUGAAUUCCUCCCACUCGCUUACCCACAUUGGAAUCCUUCCUCUGUACCACCAAAUCCAUCUUGUCAUACAUCAUAACACCUCCGUUCGAGUUUUGACGUCCUUUCAUUGACGACCGCAUACGAACAUGGCUGGCCGCGUCUGGCUUCUACUGGCUUUUUUGGCACCUGCAGUGUUUGCUGCGACAACCUGCGGUGGUGGUACUCAGUGCCCGGAAGAUACCCCUUGCUGCUCACAGUACGGCCAAUGUGGUGUCGGCGCCUACUGUCUAGGAGGUUGUGACCCCGUCAACUCCUUCUCCCUCGAUGCCUGCGUACCUGCACCUGUUUGUCAAUCGAAAACCUACAAGUUUGACAACCUCGAUGGUGUUGUAUCGAACACAAAAUACUUGGGAGAUGCAAGCAAGGCUGAUUGGGUUUCAUCUGGCACGCCAUUAUCUUACGAUGGCUCAGUCCUACUUACCAUGGCUGAAGGAACUGUUGGAACACUAUUGGCGAGCACAACCUACGUUUGGUAUGGAAAAGUGUCGGCCAAGUUCAGCACGUCUGCCGGUGCCGGUGUUGUGACGGCGUUCAUUCUGCUGGGUGACUCCAAGGACGAAAUUGAUUUCGAAUUCGUUGGUGUUGAACUCGAAAGUGCUCAAACCAACUUUUACUCGCAGGGCGUGACAAACUAUAACAACGGCGGUAAUACGACCGGCUUGUCUGACGUCCACGCGAACAUGCACGAGUAUGAAAUCGACUGGCAAUACGAUACCAUCACCUGGUCGAUCGACGGCAAAGUUGUCCGCACGCUCGACCGAGAUUCGACCUGGAACGCCACUGCCAACCGAUACUCCUACCCCCAAACACCAUGCCGAGUGCAGCUGUCACUCUGGCCUGGUGGUCUGUCGACCAACGGGAAAGGUACCAUCGACUGGGCUGGUGGUCUUGUCCAAUGGGACUCUCAGUAUAUGGAGAACGGAUACUACUAUGCCACAUUCGACGAGGUCAGCGUACAAUGUUACGAUCCUCCCAGUAACGCCAAUAUCAAUGGGUCAAAGUCUUAUAUCUUCACCGACGAUACCAUGACGAACAGCACUGUUGAAAUCACCGACGAGAACACCGUGCUCAAAUCUUUCCUGGCGACUGGUCUGAACAUGACGCUCGGAUCCAGCGCCUCUGCUAGUGCCAGCGGCUCUGCGAAGACAAGCGACGUUGAGACUGUGCCGGGGUUGAGUGGUGGGGGCACCGGCAACAACGGCCAGCGUGGAGAUAACACUACCGACAGCAGUAGUAGCAGUGAUUCAGGAAGCAGCUCUGCCAGCGCAACUGGUAGUGCGUCAACUGGAUUCGUUCAGGGUGACGGCAGUGGUUCAGGUAGUGGAGCAGGUCAGCUCGGCGGCAACAGCGAGGCUGUUCUGAGAGGAAGUCUGUUCGCUGUUGUUAUUGCCCUUAUUGGGCUUUGCGUCUUGUAAUUUGAUGAGUAUCUCGAUAGCAUAGUGGCAUUUACCGGUCCUAAUGGUUGCAUUGAAUCUUUUUUGGGUCCUGCAUGGCGAGGAAUCUUGAAUUAUAUCGCUAUCAAUGAACCGUAUGGAAUUUCCAGACCGUUAUCACGAGAGCAUAUACCCGAAUGUUACUGCAAGUGAUGGAGCUGAAGAAAUAAGCUAUUCGUAGUCUGCAAGAGCCAAUCCU